AUACCAGCGUGCAUACGUCAUAACCAAUUGCGAGAACCCACUUCCUGGUGACAGAAUAUGCAAUAAAAAAAUAAAUAGCUGCGUUAGCUUUUAGAUUGGAGUUGCUGUUUGGGAUCAGGAUGAUUGAUGUGCGGGCAUGGGCGGAGUAUGUGGUGGAGUGGGCGGCUAAGGAUCCGUACGGCUUUCUGACAACGGUCAUCCUGGCACUCACGCCCCUCUUCAUUGCCAGUGCCCUGUUGUCGUGGAAACUGGCCAAGAUGAUUGAGGUGCGCGACCGCGAGCAGAAGAAGAAGCAGAGACGUCAGGAGAACAUCGCCAAAGCCAAGAGGACCAAGAAAGACUGACCAGUGGAGGGCGGGAUCAGCAGAGGGAGGAGUGUACCUACAUGGCUAUGCUCAGUGCUCUCUACUUGCAGUGCCCUCACAUCCUCAACCCAGCGCAGGUCCAAAGCCUGUCUCUUCUGUCCAGUCUAGGAGGGAUGGAGGCCGCACUUGGAGGCCUUACACAGCUGACAGGGAAAUGUAUAGAUAGGGAAGACCUAUUCCACGCCCCCCAUCAUCUGCGGGUGAAACAGGGACUGUCUGUGUAAUUUAUGAUGUGGAGAUCUGCUGUAUGGUCUUGGUGCUGUUGCAGUACUUUGCAUUCCAUUUGUAACAACUCCAGUCUAAAAAUUUGAUUCAUUAUUCAGAUAUUUUUUACAUUUAAAGUUAACAAUCAUCUGAUUUUGUUUUUGCUAGAUUUUAAUCAAGUUCUUAAUAAAAAAGCAGCAGAUUGUUUUGUUAUGGUGAAGUAUAACCCUUACUGACAUGAUGCCUAGCUGAAAAGGGUUGAGUUCCUGCCCAAUAUAGAUGUGCUGGCACCACUCUGGAUCAACCAAUAUUCUGACACCUGACCUUAGGCAACAGCAGAAGAUUGUAGUGCUGAGGGAUUAAUCAACCAAUGUUUGCAUGGCUUGUCAUUACCUUUUCAGUCUGAUAUCGAUUGCUGUAUCACAUGACACGUUUAGCACAUCCAUCCAAUCAUUUGAAGGUUUGGCAGUAGUCUAUUGCCAAAUCACAAAUGAAUCUGUACUUCCUCCACUUCACCCUUAGCCCAACAUUUGUGUGCUCAUGCUAGUGGCCGUUUACGCACGUUUCCCAAUUGCAGAGGAAGUGAAAACAAUCAAGGGUGUAGGGGUCUAAUUGGACCGUUCAGUGGCUCCUUCCAGCGAGUUUGCAACGAUGCUGCCUACAUGAUUGAAGUGGAAUCCCAAGUUAAUUUUAAACUUGUGCAAUUUCACACAAAGAAUGGAUAGGUGGGCCUAAUUAUAAGACAUCUUCAUUAGUUUGUCUGGUUUUGGAGACUUUACACACAAUACAAAAAAACAUUUACAGUAUCCAGUUGAGCAGGAACUCGACCAAAAAGUGAGCGAGGUAGUUCAUGUAAUGUAUAUUCUUUAUUUAGUCUAUUUUUAACACAGCAGACUUAAAUCAUUUCAAGUGACAACACAGUUCUUCUGAUGGGUUGUUUACUCCUGAGACCUGCCAGUCUUUCACCAUCUUGCAAAUCCUUUCCAUCAUUUAGUAAAGAGAUGUUUAAAACGU